AUGGCGGGCGGCGUGGACGAGGAGGUCCUGCACCAGCUGUACCUGUGGGUGGACAACAUCCCCUUGUCCCGGCCCAAGCGGAACCUCUCGCGGGAUUUCAGUGACGGAGUCCUGGCUGCUGAGGUGGUGAAGUUUUACUUUCCCAAGAUGGUGGAGAUGCAUAACUAUGUUCCAGCCAAUUCUGUGCAGCAGAAGAUCAGCAACUGGCUUCACCUGAAUAGGAAGGUGUUGCACAAGCUGAAUUUCUCUAUCCCUGAAGAUGUGAUCCAGAAGAUUGCUCAGUGUUCCCCAGGAGUGGUGGAGCUGGUGUUGAUCCCACUGCGUCAGAGGCUGGAGGAGAAAAAGCAAAGAAAGCAGGGGGUUGGCUCCUCUCAGGAGCUGGGUCUCCAGGAAGGCAGUAACUACAUGGAUAUGGGCUUCUCCCAGAAGGCCCCAGGGGCUGGCACCGCGGAUGCCCGGAAAGCGGGGCAGCUCAGGUGGGAAAGGGGAGGCAAGUCUCUCCCUGCAUAUAGCCAGGCCUUGCAGGGGGACCCAAACUUCCUAGUCCAGAUGGCUGAGAAGGAACAAGAGCUGUUGGCCUCCCAGGAGACGGUCCAGGUCCUUCAGAUGAAGGUGCGACGCCUGGAACAUCUGCUGCAGCUCAAAAAUGUCCGCAUUGAUGACCUGAGUCGGCGCCUCCAGCAGGCCCAGCGCAAACCGCGGUGA